CCGACAUCUUACCCCCGAAACGGCGGAGACGCAGAGUCCGAGUUUGACGGUCAAUCACUCCGAUAAAGUGAUGACGGGCCCAGCGGGAAAUGAAGGACGGGGUCGGGGAACAUCGUUGCUGCCACCGGAGGAGUACACCUCCACCAUGACGGAUAGAAAGGUUGCGUUGCUCAUUGCGCUGACCUGGGCGUUGCCUGUUCUGGCCACUGUGGUUCUGGUGUCGCUCAGCGCCCCGCUGCAGCUUUGUGGGAACGUCAUCGAUAAAGUUUUCUGUGGGAAUUUCUCCAUCGUUAAGCUGAGCUGCUCUAACACCAGCAUUAACAACGUUUACGGUCUGGUUCUGACCGUCGUCUCCAUCGUCGCUCCGCUCGUUUUAAUCCUCUACACCUAUGGAAAGAUUCUGGAGAUCCUGCAGAGCAGGUUUGACCUCAGCAGGGUGCCUCCGGUGCUGGCCAUCGUUUUGUCUCUUUACUUCCUGACCUGCCAGCCGCUCUUCAACCCGGCGCUGUACGGCCUGAAAAUGGCCGCCAUCCGAGACGCAUGUAAACGUUUGUUAUGUGGGGAAAACUCGGCUUCUGCAGCAGCUUUUCAUGCCUGAGAACCUUCAGCUUGACUCAAGCUCUUCUUCUUUUCGUUGUUUCCAGCCUCAGGUUUGAUGUUUUUCUUUAAUGAAACAUUUUCAGUUUGUAGAUGAGGAAUCAUUUUUAACAUGUUGUUACCGACAUUUUUCUCUCUAUUAAUGUUUUUUUUGCUUUGCGGAUGUUUUAAAACAGGAAAGUAAAACUUAUUUUCAUUUCAUUUUCAUCAUAAACCAUGAAGGUCCUCAUGGGGCAACUGUGGUAAAAAAUAUUGAUAAAACUGUUAAAAUGGGACCUUAACAAAUUUUACAUUUAGCAUCAAAGUAAUUCAUACAAAC